AUGAAUAUCUCAUCGCGUUUAAAUUCUAUUAAGCAGUUUCAAUUGAAGCGCUUAGCACAUGUUAUUGAUCAUUCAUUAUUAUAUCCUUCAUCUGCAGCAUAUCAGCACCAACAGCAACAAUCUAUUCUGUCGCGUAAUGUUUUGAAUAUUCGAACAACUUCAUCACUGAUACAAAACUUAGUCGAUCAGAAUAGACCGUUGCGAACAUGGUUUCAGAAUGCGCUACGUACCUUCUCUAUGACUAGGAAAGAAUUUUUCGGUAAUAUUUCUGCGGUAUCUUCUGAUCCGAAACAAGCAACUUCGGGAACUUCAUUGUUUUCAUCCAUUAAAAAUGAUCCUAAAAAUUUUCCACCGGAAUCUGGCGAUGAAAAAGAGAAGUUGUCGAAUGACCAAAGCUCUUCUACAGAUGGUAAUGAUCCGAAUAAACAACAACAACCACCAUUUCCACCUCCGAUAAAUCCACGAAUAAUUAUCACGAUCUUUUUGCUUUCGAUGCUGUUAACUUUUAUAACUUCGAGUCGAGAAAAGCAACGUGAGGCGAAUGGUCAUUCUCACGGCUAUAUUUCAUGGAAUGAAUUCGUGCAAGAUAUGUUAUCGAAAGGAGAAGUUGAAGAAGUGAUUAUUCAUAUAGAAGAAGAAUUAGCUUAUAUUAAAUUACACUCUCAACCUGUUAUCAAAGGACGAAAAUUGUUCGAUCGAGAUACAUUCGUUAUGAAAAUAAGUAAUGUAGACAAGUUCGAAGAAAAACUACGAAGAGUAGAAUCCGAUUUAAAUAUUGAUCCAGCUAGUCGAAUAUUGGUCAGUUAUACACGGAACAGUCAAUGGCCAGGUGUUAUUUUUGUACUUUCGACUAUUCUGCUUCUCUUUGCUUUUCUUAAAUCGCGUGUAAAAAUGAACUUUGUCAAUCCUAUGGACAUGAUGACGAAAGCCAAAUUCACCAUGGUUGAUCCGCAUAUCAAAGUGAACAUACCGAAGAUCUCGUUCCGUGAUGUUGCCGGAAUGAAAGAAGCCAAACAAGAAGUGAUGGAAUUUGUUGAAUACAUUAAAACACCAGAGAAAUUUGUACAAUUGGGAGCUAAAGUCCCAAAAGGUGCUUUACUUCUUGGCCCACCUGGUAUCGGCAAAACAUUAUUGGCCAAAGCGGUUGCUGCUGAAGCUGGCGUGCCCUUUCUUUCAAUGGCUGGAUCUGAAUUUGUUGAAGUUAUCGGUGGUCUGGGAGCAGCCCGUGUACGGGAUUUAUUUCGAGAGGCACGAAAGCGUUCGCCAUGUAUUAUUUACAUUGAUGAAAUCGAUGCUAUCGGUAAAAAACGACGUGGCGAAAAUAAAUCGGGCUUUAUGGGUAGUGGUGAAGAAGAGCAUACAUUAAAUCAACUAUUAGUUGAAAUGGAUGGUCUUGAAUCGAAAUCAAAUGUUAUUAUGUUGGCAUCAACCAAUCGGGCUGAUGUUCUCGACAAAGCAUUACUUCGACCAGGUCGUUUUGAUCGUCACAUACUCAUCGAUUAUCCAACACUGCCUGAACGAGUUGAAAUCUUAGAUGUUUAUCUUAAGAAAUUGAAAUUGGAAAAAGAUGUUAAAUUUUAUUCAAAUCGAUUAGCCCAGUUAACACCUGGAAUGAGUGGUGCUGAUCUAGCCAAUAUAUGCAAUGAAGCCGCUCUACAUGCUGCACGAGAAGGAAAGAAGGUGAUUGAAAGAGAUGAUUUUGAAAUGGCUGUCGAACGUGUCAUUGCUGGUGCAGCUAAAAGAGCAAAUACAAUGGCACCAUCGGAAAGACGCACUGUAGCAUUUCAUGAAGCUGGUCAUGUGAUAACUGGUUGGUUCUUGAAAACCACAUGUUUACCGUUGAAAGUAACCAUCGUACCAAGAACAGGACCAGCUCUUGGCUUCGCUCAAUAUAUGCCGAAAGAUAAGAAGUUGUUACACGAAGAAGAGUUUGACGAAGAUUUAUGUGUAAUGUUCGGUGGAAGAGUAGCGGAACAAAUCGUUUUCAAUAAAGUAUCAACAGGUGCACAAGAUGAUUUAAAACGUGCAACCAAAUUGGCUUAUUCGCAGAUAAAACAAUUCGGUAUGAGUAAAACAAUCGGUUUAAUCUCCUUUCCUGCUGAUCAACAAAAUCCGCAAAAUGAUGAUUUUGGAGUCAAACCAUAUAGUAAACGUUUACAACGAAUGAUGGACGAGGAAGCACAACAACGUUUGGCAAACGCUUUUAAACGUACUGAAAAAUUAAUGACUGAAAACCGAGCCAAACUUGACAUCUUAGCAGAAGAGCUAUUAAAACGUGAAACGCUCAAUUAUGAUGACAUCGUGAAACUUAUCGGACCACCACCCUAUCCUGAUAAGCAAAAACUAGAUAUCAUCGAUUGGGAUGACACAGUUUCAACACCGAAACCAUUACAAGUUCCACCAACACCUGAAUCAUUAGGUGGUACAGGCAAAGGCACGGCUGGUGAAGGUCCACCUCCUUCACAAUGA